AUGUCAUCUUGGUUAUUUGGGAAAAAUAGUAGUGAUUCAACUUCAGAUUCAAAUAUUAAACAAACGUUGGGAUUUGAUCCAAAUGAAAUAUCUGAUGUAAAUAAAAUUAUAAGUUCUCCAUCUCCAUCAUCUCAUGCUUCACUUUUACAUCCAUUAGCUGGAUUAGAUAAAGGUGUUGAAUAUUUAGAUUUAGAAGAAGAAAAAUUAAAUACGGUUGAAGGUUCAAAAGGUUUAAUUCCAAGUAGAUCAUGGAGUGAUGAUUUAUGUUAUGGUACUGGUGCUGUAUAUUUGAUUGGAUUAGGAAUUGGAGGAUUAUUUGGUUUACAAGAAGGUAUAAAUACAUUACAACCAAAUCAACCAGGAAAAGUUAAAUUAAAUCAUAUCUUAAAUUCAAUUACUAAAAGAGGUCCAUUUUUAGGUAAUAAUGCUGGUGUUUUAGCUUUAACUUAUAAUAUAAUUGAUAGUUCUAUUGAUGCAUUAAGAGAAAAACAUGAUGAUUUAAAUUCAAUUGUUUCAGGUGCUUUAUCAGGUGCUUUAUUUAAAUCUUCUGCUGGUUUAAAACCAAUGGCUAUAAGUUCAAUUGUAAUGGCGACUGCUGCUGGUUCAUGGUGUGGUAUAAAACGUUUAUUGCAAUAA